AUGAGCUCCUCAGACAAAGAAUCAUCCUCCUCCAGCGGCAGCAGCUGGUUAACCACCCGCGACAGCGGUUCGAGUACCGACUCUAGCAACAGCUCAGGCACCUCCCAGGGUUUUGCCACAAUCUCUCCUGGCGUGGGAAGCGCCGGAAACACGACGGUGGGCGGAUCGACUGAUAGGUACUACUAUAGUGGGGGCCCUGCAGGAGGUAGUACCACUGGUGGUGGAGGUUCUAGUGGCCAUACCACUAAAUAA